AAGGUGUGGCUUCUCAAUGAUUAGGUGUCCAGUAGCUUAUCUCAGUAGAUCUCUGAGUGUAUCUGCUGCUCACAGACUAUGCAGUUCUCAUCUGACAGAAGAGGAGAAUAUAUCAUUGUAUGGUAAAUGUUACAAUCCUAAUGGACAUGGUCACAAUUACACUGUUGAAGUGACAGUUAAAGGAAAAGUAGACCCAUCCACUGGAAUGGUAAUGGAUCUACAAGAACUAAAGAAAGCAAUGGACGUUGCUGUGACGGCACAAUUGGAUCAUAAAAACAUUGACCUUGAUGUGCCUUACUUUAGAGACCAGAGGAUAGUUAGUACUACGGAGAAUGUCACUGUAUUUAUUUGGAAAGAAAUGACAAAAUCUCUUGGUUCAAACAAGCACCUCCUAUACAAAGUAGUUGUCUGGGAGACUGAUAAAAAUAAGUUUACAUACAAAGGAGAAGAAGAAAUAUGAAAAUAAUAAUAACUUAUUGUCGCAUUAUUUUUGACAACUACAGUCUCGUUAAAAUUCAUUUAUUUGAUCUUGUUAAUUAAAGGUGUUGUUUCACUGG